CCCGAGGCGGCGGCGGCGGCGGCGCGGGCGCGGGCGCAGCAGCGGGCGGCCGAGGCGGGAAGGGAGGAUGGAGCCGGCGGGAGGCUGGGGCCGGCGCUAGCCGCAGCGGCGCGCCCCGGGCUGUGGAGAGCGGCGGCCGCUGCUGGAAGUUGUGGCGUCGGGAGCCGCCGCCUGGCGCGGCGGGGAGGAGGUGGAGGGAGCGGCCGGGGCCGGCGGGGGUCGGGCCGGGCCGCGAGCUGGGGAAGCCGGAGCGCGCUCUGCGGCGGGCGGGCGGGCGGCGGGGGGGACGCGGGAGGAUGGAGCAAGUGGAGAUCCUGAGGAAAUUCAUCCAGAGGGUCCAGGCCAUGAAGAGUCCGGACCACAAUGGGGAGGACAACUUCGCCCGGGACUUCAUGCGAUUAAGAAGAUUGUCUACCAAAUAUAGGACAGAAAAGAUAUACCCCACAGCCACUGGAGAGAAAGAAGAAAAUGUUAAAAAGAACAGAUAUAAGGACAUACUGCCAUUUGAUCACAGCAGAGUUAAGUUGACUUUAAAGACUCCUUCCCAAGAUUCAGACUAUAUCAAUGCAAAUUUUAUUAAGGGUGUCUAUGGGCCAAAAGCGUAUGUGGCAACCCAAGGACCGUUAGCAAAUACGGUAAUAGACUUUUGGAGGAUGAUAUGGGAGUACAACGUUGUAAUUAUUGUAAUGGCUUGCCGAGAAUUUGAAAUGGGCAGGAAAAAAUGUGAGCGCUAUUGGCCUUUAUAUGGGGAAGACCCUAUAACGUUUGCACCGUUUAAAAUUUCUUGUGAAGAUGAACAAGCAAGAACAGACUACUUCAUUAGGACACUGUUACUUGAAUUUCAAAAUGAAUCUCGUAGGCUGUAUCAGUUUCAUUAUGUCAACUGGCCAGACCACGAUGUGCCGUCCUCAUUCGACUCCAUCCUGGAUAUGAUCAGCUUAAUGAGGAAGUACCAGGAGCACGAGGACGUGCCGAUUUGUAUCCACUGCAGCGCAGGCUGUGGAAGGACAGGUGCCAUCUGUGCGAUCGAUUAUACCUGGAAUUUGCUAAAAGCUGGGAAAAUACCAGAGGAAUUUAAUGUAUUUAAUUUAAUACAAGAAAUGAGAACACAAAGACAUUCUGCAGUUCAAACAAAGGAGCAGUAUGAACUUGUUCAUAGAGCUAUUGCACAACUAUUUGAAAAACAGCUGCAGUUAUAUGAAAUUCAUGGAACCCAGAAAAUUUCUGAUGAAGGGAAUGAAAUUACCUCUGAAAAUAUGGUCAGCUCUGCAGAUUCUGAAAAGCAAGAUUCUCCUCCUCCAAAGCCCCCACGGACUCGCAGCUGCCUCGUGGAAGGAGAUGCCAAGGAGGAAAUCCUGCAGCCUCCGGAGCCCCACCCGGUGCCGCCCAUCCUCACGCCCUCCCCACCCUCGGCUUUCCCGACAGUCACCACCGUGUGGCAGGAUAACGACAGAUACCACCCGAAGCCCGUGCUGCACGUGGUUUCAUCAGAGCAGCAGGACACGGACCUCAACAGGAACUACGAUAAGUCAGCAGACCUUCCAGGAAAAAGCGAUUCUCCUGCUGAACAGAUAGAUAAAAAAUUGGAACGAAAUUUAAGUUUUGAAAUUAAGAAGGUCCCUCUCCAAGAGGGACCAAAAAGUUUUGAUGGGAACACACUCUUGAACAGGGGACAUGCGAUUAAAAUCAAGUCUGCUUCACCUUGUGCGGCCAAUAAAGGCUCCAAGUCCCCCGAGGUGAGUGUAGGGGGAGUGAAGGCCAGGGAGUGCUCUCCCCAUUUCUGUGUGGACUGCGGCUCCCCGCAGGGGCCUGCACCACUCUCCGAGGAGCCCCGGCCGUGUGCGGGCACUCCCCCAAGGCCAGACCGCCUGGCCCUGGACAGGAGGGGCCACGCAGCAUGGUCGUUCCAUGGACCCGAGAACACCACCCCUGUCCCUGAUGCCUCUGAGGACACCUCCCCCAGUAGCCACUGCCCAGCCCUGAAAACUGCGAGCUCAACCCCCAGCCCCGCCAUGCCCGGUGCAGCCUGGGACCCCAAGCAGCAGCCCAACGGGUCACCUCUGUGCCGCGUCCCCCUGAGUUUCACAAAUCCUCUGCACUCUGAUGACUCAGACUCAGACGACAGGAACUUUGAUGGUGCUGGGACCAAGACUAAAACUAGCAUUUCAACAGCAAGUGCCACAGUCUCUGCUGCCACUGGUACCGAGCGCGUCUCCACCAGGAAGGUGCUGCCCAUGUCCAUCGCUGGACAUGAUUUGGGGGCAGCGCUGUGCCCAGGUGCUGACAGAGAUGUUGACGUUAGUGAAGAUUCACCUCCUCCCCUACCUGAAAGAACUCCUGAAUCUUUCGUGCUAGCAGGUGAACAUCAUACGCCUGUAGGAUGUGAACGGAGUGAAUGUCGCAGUCAGGAGUGGGGUGACCCCGGACAGUCUGAAGGCUUGGUGACCUCUGCAAGUGAAAAAUGCGAUCAUCCAGCAGCAGAUAUCUCAGAGACUUGUGUAGAAUCUCCACCUCCUGUAAAUGACAAGAAAUCUCAGACAGCAGAAAGUCCAGCAGAAGUCACAGAUAUUGGGUUUGGUAAUCGCUGUGGAAAACCCAAAGGACCGAGAGAUCCACCUUCAGAAUGGACAUGAUUCAGGGAGCUAAAGACUUUCAGUCGUACUGGAGGAUUAAAUUGCCACUGAAUGCAGGAUUGCUAGUAUCCCGUCUCUAACAUGAGGGGCUCACAGCAGUGUAGAUUGUUACCGUGAUCUUUUUCAUUUUGUUUUUUGCUGGGACCAUCUACCUGCCUUAUUAUUACACUUAGGAAAAAGUGUUACAUAUGGUUCAUUUUGUAAUUUCAAGUAUUAUUGCCUUAAUGUCCCUUAACCCUGUUACACGCUGCUUGUAGACCUGUUAAUACAGUAAUACUUUUAUGAUAAAAUUGAGUUUAAGGACUACUCUUUUGCUGUUUUAUCAUGUAUGCAUUAUUUUGUAUAUGUACAGGGCAAGUAGUAUAUAAUUUGAUAAACUUGCAGUCAUAAAAUAAUAUUAACAGAAGAUGUAAGAAAUUUCUGCAUGAUCUAAAUCUUUGUGUACCUUAUUUGUAAAUUAUUUGCCCUGAGGUUUUAGAAAAUAGUUUCUGAAUUUUAAAAUUGCUGGAUUCAUGCAGCCAGCAUUGCAGGUUAUCAAGAGAUCAAAGAUUGUAAUAAUAAUACAUUUUGUAAAUUGUAAGCAAAAAGUUAUUUUUAUAUUAUAUACCGUCUAAUUGUUCAUCCUAAUUGUUCUUGUUUUCAUCUAGUCAUGGAGAUUCAGUAAGUGCCUUGGAACAAUAUUGAAUUCUCUUAGCUCAUGUGUGUUAUAUUUGAACUCAACUGGGAUUAGAAGACUAUCAAACUAUGUGUAUGUUCAGGAUGUUUGACCUGCCAUUAAAAAACAAACAAUUUUACAGUG